CUCCUUCUUCCUCCUCUGUAAAAUUUUCAGAAUGGCCUCCUCAAAGCUUAAACCUUUCAUCAACCUCCGUCGCUACAAACCAACCCCACUCAACCAGAAUCGAUCACUAUCCUCAAACCCCUCUUCUUCCCAAUCGAACUACAGGAAACAAAUCUCACUCGCGAACCUCCUCCAACGCUACGGAUUCCCUCCCUCCUCUCUCCAACACUUCCUCUCAAAGAACAACACUUCCCUCUCCAACUCAGAUCCAUCCGACACCGAAGCUUCACUCUCCAUCUUACUAUCCUUCAAACUCCCUCAGAAACAACUCGUUUCGCUGAUCCACGAUUGCCCCAACCUCCUCCUCCGACCAGAUUUCCUCAGAAAAUGGAGAGCUCCUCUCUCUGAAAACGUCGUCUCCUCUUCGGCCAUCAAGAGCGUCCUCGAACACUCAGCUAGAUUCGGGAUUGGUCCGGAUAAGUUUCACCGAUGCAGUAAGGUGUUAAGAGGUUUAGGGUUUUGCGAUAGUACUGUAAGCAAGGUUCUAGAAGCCUUCCCUAACGUUCUUGUAAUGAACGAGGUCGAUGUUCGCAGAAAGGUUGAGUUUUUAGUUUCUAUCAUCGACAUCCCUAGAAGCGACAUUGAGAGGUUCUUUCAUAUUUUUCCUGAGAUCUUAGGGAUUAGUAUUGAGUCUAAGCUUAAGCCACUGCUCGAUGAGUUUAUAAAGAUUGGGUUUAGUAAAGACGAGAUCAAGAAAGAGAUCUUUAGAGAGCCGCGUGUUCUCGGGUUAGAGCUAGGCGAGCUUCCACGGUGUUUGGACCUGAUCAAAACGUUGAAAUGCCGUCAAGUGAUCAGAGACGAGAUUCUCAAGGAGGGAUUAUUCCGUGCUGGGUUCGAAGCGAAACUUAGAGUUGAUUGUCUAUGCGAACACGGGCUGAUCCGUAGAGACGCGUUCAAGGUCGUGUGGAAAGAGCCGAGGGUGGUGUUGUACGAGGUUGAUGAGAUUGAGAAGAAGAUUGAGUUUUUGACUAGCCGGAUGGGGUUUCACGUUAACUGCUUAGCUGAUGUGCCGGAGUAUCUAGGGGUGAAUCUUCAUAAGCAGAUUGUACCGAGGUACGAUGUUGUUGAGUACUUGAGGCUCAGAGGCGGGCUUGGUUGCGAUAUCGGGUUGAAAGGUUUGAUCAAACCGAGCACGAAGAGAUUUUAUAACUUGUAUGUGAAACCGUAUCCGGAGUGCGAAAGAAUCUUUGGGAAGAGAAGGGAGGAGGAGGAUGCGAGGGUGCGAAAACGACAUCCUGCUGGGCUUUGGAAGCUUAUGAAACCGCCUAGCCAUGUUACAACCGAGGAAGAUGUGGUGAACAUGAAGUCUUUUGUAGAGUCGCUUGGUUAGUUAGGUGCCGAGCUUGCACUGAUUUGACACAGGUCAGCCAACUUACCCCGGUGGAUCCUCGCUCCCUGAUUAUUUGAGGAGAGGACAAAUGCAUCCUCCUUCAUAAAACACGCUUUGUAGCCUUGGAGGCAGAAAACAUUUACCAACGGCCCAUUGCAUUUUGUUUCAAUGGUAUAGAUGCGACUGUGACUGAAGGAUUUGCUGAUCAAAUGUAAUGAAUUUGGUACUAAAUCAACUCGAGGGCCUGUUCCUAACUUUAA